AUGUGGCUUCUUGCACAGGACACUUCCGGAUUCUUCUCGACUCUCAGUGACUCCGGACAAAAUGUUACCCCAGCAUUGAACUUUUCGUCGACCUUGUUCGAGGGGGCUUCCUUUGACUUGGCCCAUCCCAGUGAAGAGUCUGUCGAAGAAAUUCAAUCCCUGCCAGAGGUUGAGAAGAUAUGGCCAGCUGCCUUAUUUUCCAUUCCUGUUGUCGGCAAAGCAUCGUCCGUAGACAGCGAGGCCCUUGCCAGCUAUUCUGUCUGGAACGCACACAACGAAACAAAUGUCGCGGCCAUGCACAAGAAGGGCCAUCUUGGCAAGGGUAUCAUCAUCGCUACUGUCGACAGCGGUAUUGAUUAUACACACGCGGCUUUCGGUGGAGGUUUUGGUCCUGGCUUCCGUGUCGAAUCUGGCUAUGACUUGGUGGGCGAUGACUACGUUGUCGGUGGCCCUUAUGCUCCUGACAGUGAUCCCAUGGAUUGUUUGGGUCACGGAACGCACGUCGCCGGUAUUGCGGCAAGUAGUGAUGCCCUGAUACCUGGAGUUGCUCCUGAGGCACGCCUUCGCUCCUACAAAGUGUUUGGCUGUGGCGAUGGCGUUUAUGAGGAUGUCAUCAUUGCUGCAUUCAUCCAAGCCCACGAAGAGGGAGCCGACGUUAUCAAUGCAUCUCUGGGCUCCAAUCGAGGAUUUGCAGAACAGCCCAUUGCUAUCGUUGUGAGCAAAAUCGCCGCAGAAGGCGUCUUUGUGUCUAUCGCAGCGGGAAAUAGCGGAGAUCAUGGUUCCUUCUACACUAGUAGUGGAGGCAACGGUUUAGAAAGUUUUGCUGUAGGUAGUGCUGAGGCCCAGAACUGGGUCACAUAUAAUAUCACCGCCGCUUCAACAAGCAAUGAGACAAGAUCUAUGACAUACAUUAGCGAUAAUUAUAACCAUGUCACCCUUGAUGGAAGCGUCCAGGCUUAUGCCUACCCAAAUGCAAGGGACAUUGAUGCCUGUAACUGGUCGCUAGCCUCAACCCCCAAAGAUACUGCCUUAUUCAUUAGAAAGGGGGACUGUGUUUGGCAAAUUCAAGACAGUACCUUAGUAGGCUUAACCACUAGUGUUUUCUACAUCCAGAAAGAAGGCGUAGGUCUGGAGCGUCCGGGCCGCGUCCGCGGCAGCGAUAACGCCCCUGAAAACUCGGCACUUGUACUGUACGAGGACGGAGACUGGAUUCUGAAACAGUUCGAGGCUGGCCACAACGUGACUCUUCACUUGUCUACAAGUUCUGACCCUGUGGCUGUUCCCAAGUCAGGAUAUGUCGGAGGUAGAAUCAACGACUACAGCUCCUGGGGACCUACUCUCGACGGCAGAAUGAAGCCGGAAGUCUCUGCCCCCGGCGGUACCAUUCUGUCGACGUACCCAGUCAGUAAGGGUAGCUGGGCCGUUCUCUCGGGAACCAGCAUGGCUGCUCCGUAUAUGGCAGGUGUUGGUGCACUCUUCUUUUCCUCUCGAGGCGGCCGCGAAGCCCUGGGAGGAGACAGCGUCAAAGUAGCCCGGGAUCGUGUCAUUGCCAGUGCCAGGUCGAUCAAGCACAAUGAUGGUUCAGGAAACGAAGCAUCCGUUGGCAAGCAGGGCGCUGGGCUCAUCGACGUCCAGAAGAUUAUCGAGUCCGGGACCUCGAUCAGUCCCGCAUACCUGGAGCUCAACGAUACCGUGCAUUUCUCGGGUAGCCACGAAGUCGUCCUUACGAAUUCAAACGACAACAGCGUAACUUACAAAUUGGCACAUCAGCCUGGCAUCACAACUUUCACAUUCACUUCGGCCAACUCUUGGGUUGCUUUGGAGCCCAAGUAUUCAGCCGCAGAAGACGACGUAGCCAAGGUAUCGAUGUCGGCUGAAGAGAUUGUCGUGGAUGCUGGAGCUUCAGUCACGCUCAAAUUUGAUUUCACCGAGCCCACUGCCCCUGACAGCUCUUCACUCCCUGUUUAUGGCGGCAAGGUUAUGAUCAGCGGGUCAAAUGGCGAAGUUGUUAUGCUAACAUACCUGGGUAUCAAAGGGAGCAUAUAUGAAGCUAGAGCUUGGGAAAUGGACAGGGGAGUUCCAUUGCUCCUGAGCGGAUACGGAGGCUUGAUGGAAGAAGGCCACGUCUACACCUACGAAGAUGGAUCAGAUGUUCCACAACCAUAUUUCAACAUUCUGUGGAGUACGAGGGAGAUGAGCUUUGAUUUUGUCAGACGAGACUGGCAGCCCAGCGACUGGGUAUAUCCAACUGUCGCUGGAAAGAACAACUGGAUCGGGUCGAUCCGUAUGCGCCCUAGUGGACUAUCAGGAGAGGUGGUCGAUUUCCCUCUUCAGAACUAUCCCCGACAACCCGGUGGCGCUUUCUAUGCAGCUUCGCAAGGCUAUUUCGCCAAUGGCUCGUACAUUCCCGACGGCGAGUAUAGAUAUCUCUGCAGAACCUUGCGGACAUUCGGUGACUACAACAACAUCACGGACUGGCAGUACAAACUUUCACCCUGGUUUAGCAUCUCAAGAGACCCCUCAGUGUCCUCCACAUCCACAACCAUCACCCCUUCUGCGACGACUUCCUCUGCAAUUACCACGUCAACGAGCGCUGCACCAGUUUGCACGCCGGGUUACGCCAAACCCGUUUCCAUCAAGGGAUCCUCUGGUCAGGCAUCGGCUGAGCAUGAGCUCUAUCUCUACUCUGAUUUCUUGGCAAUUGAUCUUGCUGACAGCCAGCCCACUCACUUUGAUUGGAAGAUUAACAGUGAGGGCCGGUUUGAGACGUCAAUCAACGGAAACACUGUCUAUCUGGCUGUACACACCAACAGCAACAGUCUUGUCUACAUGUAUCCGGCGUCAAAAAUCACCGGUUCAUGGUCAUAUCUCGAAUGCACCACGUCAGACAACGUCCUAAGCUGCAAGUCAGGUGAAAAGGACAAGUUCUAUACCUGCGGCUCAGAUCUUCUCAGACACGGCUCGACUGUUUUGGACGGAUGUGAGGCUCUCACGCUCAAGACUGGACCGGCGGCCGAUCCUUGCACUGUGACCACCACGGAUUUGCAGCCAACCCCUACGCCUACAAUCACCAGUGCCCCUGCAUCUUCUACCGCGGCGACUCGCCGCCCUUGA